CAGUUUGGGCAGUUGGACUAGAUUCAAGAAUAGCAUAAAUACUAUGGAGAGCACAAUUUCAAGGGGUGCAAGUUAGCUAUUUUCGAUUGAAAAAGUAAGAGGUAAUGGAGAGUGAGUUAGAGAGUAUGAGACAAUAUUUUAAGAGUGGAAACACUAAAGAUGCUUCUUGGAGGCUGUCUCAGCUUAAAGGGUUGCUCUUGUUUAUCAAGGAAAAUGAAGCAGAAAUUUUUAAGGCUCUAAAGGAAGAUUUAGGGAAGCCUCCUGUUGAGGCUUUUAGAGAUGAGGUGGGGACUUUAAUAAAAUCCAUAAAUUUUGCUUUGAAGGGUUUGAAAAAUUGGAUGUCAAGCCAAAAGAUCAAGCUCCCAAAAAUUGCAGUAUCCUCAUAUGCAGAGUUGGUUCCUCAGCCUCUUGGGCUUGUGCUCAUCAUAUCUACCUGGAAUUUUCCUUUUGGACUGUCAUUGGAACCACUUAUAGGAGCAAUAGCUGCAGGGAACACAAUGGUUUUAAAACCUUCAGAACUGGCUCCUGCUUGUUCUUCUCUUCUAGCAAAUGUUAUGCCCACUUACCUAGACACUCAAGCUAUUAAGGUCAUCCAAGGAGGACCGUCUGUUGGUGAACAACUUCUGCAGCAGAAAUGGGACAAAAUUUUCUUCACAGGUAGUGCCCGUGUGGGCCGGAUAGUUAUGUCUGCUGCUGUUAAGCAUCUAACACCAGUUGUUCUGGAGUUGGGUGGGAAAUGCCCUGCUGUUGUUGAUUCCCUUUCAUCUUCUUGGGACCAACAGGUGGCUGCAAAUCGAAUUGUUGUCUCGAAAUUUGGGAACUGUACUGGUCAAGCAUGCAUAGCAAUUGACUAUAUUCUGGUGGAAAAGAAAUUUGCUUCCACUUUGGUGGAACUAAUGAAGGAUUCCAUCAAAAAUAUGUUUGGGGAUAACCCUAGAGAUUCAAAUACCAUGGGAAGGAUUGUUAACAAACAUCAUUUCUUGAGAUUGAAGAACCUUCUAAGCGAUUUGGCAGUAAAAAAAUCUGUUGUCCAUGGUGGUUCAAUGGAUGAAAACAAUCUGUUUAUCGAGCCAACAAUCUUGCUAGAUCCUCCCCUCCAGGCAGAAAUAAUGACAGACGAGAUCUUUGGUCCACUGCUUCCUAUAAUUACAUUAGAGAAGGUUGAAGACAGCAUAGACUUUAUAAAUUCAAAGCCUAAAGCUCUUGCCAUUUAUGCCUUCACCAAAAAUGAACCAUUCAGGAGAAGAAUGGUGGCAGAAACAUCAUCUGGAAGCUUGGUAUUCAACGAUGCAGUGAUUCAAUAUUUAGUUGAUGCCUUGCCAUUUGGAGGGAUUGGUGAAAGUGGGAUUGGCAAGUACCAUGGGAAAUUCUCAUUCGAUACGUUUACACACCACAAGGCAGUUGCAAGAAGAAGCUUCCUGGUUGAUUUCUGGUUCAGAUUUCCUCCAUGGAAUGUUCAUAAGUUGAUGCUUUUUGAAACAGCUUACAAUCUUGAUUAUUUUGGACUUCUACUAGUCAUUCUUGGCUUGAAGAAGCGUCAAAGGAACACGCAAGGCAUCUAGCUAUUUUCUUGUGUCUCUAUUUAGUAAUCCCUCACUCUUAGACACCUGCUGCUUGUGUAAUAACAAAUGGAAAGGAUAGCUCCAUGGCCAGAUCUUUAAUUUCAGCUGCUACAUAUAAUUUCUGAACUAUAUAUAAAUAAAUUCUUCAAUAGAUAAACCAUGUAUAAUUUCUCAACUUAUCGUAUAGUAUCCUGAAUAAAGAAGGGACAAGGUGCAAUUACAGCA